AUGUGAAAUUAAAUUUAGAUUGUGCAGUUUUACCUUGAAUUUUGACUUUAUUAAUAUCGUACAGUGUGUGAAAUAUAUUAUUAAUAAUAAUACAGUUUGUGUGUAGUUAUUUCAAGACAUCAUUUAGUAGCAUUCGAGAAAUUCAUAGGAUUCAAUGAAAAUUAAGAGCACGACAUUUUGUCGUUUCGUCAAAGAUACAUCAAAGAGACAUCAUAAUGUUCGUAAUGGCUGUUUUGUUAACCGGCCAAGUUCUAGCCGACAUCAUAGUGCAGCCUGGAUACGAGCAUUCUGCGCAACAACGCGUAGCCACGCAACCCCCUGAAACCGUUCGACAUUCGGUUCAACAGGAUAAUCAACAACAAGAUCGUCAACAAGAGGAAUACGUGGAUCCGGGCUAUCAUUUGGAACUUCAUCCGGUGUACGGAAAUUCGUAUCACGUUCCCAGCUACGCGGUGUUGCCGAUGUAUCCACAUCCAGGCGGAACGAUGCCAUCGAUGUCGAAGGCUGCUUACAAACGAUUACUUUCCGCGUUGGGCAUCACCGAAGUACCUGCCAUCGUUCCACCUCAAUAUUACCAAUACCUUCCUCCGGCAGUACACAGUAGACGCAAAAGGUCCAACACCGAGAAGCUCGAUAGUGCAGGACAGGGGAAUAAACAUGAUGAAAAUGAUGUGGCCGCGAAGCCGUCCCUGAACGACGACGCUAUGUCGGUGGUCGAUUUGCAAAAUCAAGAUGAGAAGCGCGUGAAAGCUCGUCACAGCGUCACUCUGUUGGGAUUGAAACCGUCGAACAUGCGCCCCGUGCACCAACAGUAUCGCACCUACGACCCCCAACAAAUGGCGGGAGGUCAACAAACCUUGUCCCAAGCGAAUCCGCAAGAAACGUCGCAGCAGCAACAAGCCGCAGCUACCCCUUCGCAAACCUCGAAUCCCGAUACCGAGAACGUUCAACGCUCGAUAUUUUUGCAAGAUCACGUGUCCCAGCAACCGCAACAAUUUAGGCUCGAGCAGAGAAAGUUCCCCGAGCUGAGACCGCUUUCCGCCGGUCAAUCGUCGCCAAUCGUGGCGAAAUCGGACGAUCACGUAGCAGCCCGAACCUCCUUGCUACCCAAACACUCCGGAGUUAAUAACGAGGAGAUAGUGGGUACAAAAUUGGGGGACAUCUACAAGAUAAAAGUGGUGCAGAAUUUGCAUCAACACGGGCGUGGAAGAAUGACGGAGAACGCGCCGAAGGAGGAUGUCAGUGUGAAUUUCAUUAAUCCGGGCAACAACAAUAAGGGGAUCGAUAAGAAUAAUUUGGCAACGGUGCAAGGUGGCGCGGAGCAACCCCUCGCGGUGCAAACUGGUACAGAGCAACUCGUGCAAGUUUAUCAACUUCCGGACGAGUUGGGGACAAACUAUGUACAAAAUCCUCAAUACAUCGUCCUUCCUCAAACUUAUCCCGUUAACUACGUCGGUAAUUACGUUACCGACAAUUAUGCAUCGACCGUGUAUCCGUAUACGCCUCUCUACUCGCCGUACAAAAUUUGUUUCGAAAGUCCCGACAACCUACAGCCUAUCGCGUAUCAGUUAGUUUAAGUCCUUGAUUUUGCAAAUCAAACCGAUCAUUUGGUAGUUUAGUUAGCGUUGUAUCUACUAACGUGGACGAGAAAGUUCGUUACAACUUGUUUCUUCUUAUUUUUUAUUUUUCUUUUUUUUCUCUCUUAGAUCGGGUGAACCGAUUCUUACGAUUUUUUAAUUGUUUCGUUGGUCUUUCAAAGAGAUCGUCUUGUUCUUGAAACGCGUUACGAACUUUUCGUCGACGGUAGUAGUAUUCUAUAAGAUGGUAUUUUAUAUUUUUCUACAAAUAUCAAUAUCGUCCAUAUCUGUAAUGUAACGAUAAGAAUUGGAUCGA